AAAACCGCUUCAUAAUUUCUUGCGGCUUUAGUUUACGACGGCGAAUAUUUGCAACCCGCAACAUUCACGGAUCUUUGUCAGAGCCCGUAACGAAGCUAAAGCCGGCAUUGAGAUCUGAGUGAGAAAACGCUCAAGGUAUAUCCUCAUCAAUGACGAUGGUCAUUAUUAUAAAUGUGUCGGUCUUGUGUCUUGUUCGAAUCUCAUCUCAACAUCGAAUUGGCAUAAGAAUUGGAGAUUGACAGCCCAAUGCAACCGAAACAUAAGUACCAACUCAUUGUCCCCUGUUCAAUCGGCAUCCGCGAUGAUGAAUUCUACAUUCGACCACACAUUUCUUUUUUGUCUGUAUUUAGAUUCACAUUAAUUGCUUUUGAAGGACUGUAAGAAGCUGACAGCCUGAUAAGACGCCGCUCUACCUAGACCUGAGCAAGGGGCAAGCAAGGGUCUUAAGACUAGGAUUCGCCAAAACGCACUGACCCACAACGUGGCGUGACGCGACGUGUUGUCUCAGCUCAGUGCUCAUCAAUUUAACUAUUUUUUUGAUAAUCAUUGCUUUUCAUCGCCUCAUGAACUAGUCACUCAAGUGACUCGCGGUAUCUGCUACUGAUUUCUUCCAUUAAUUCACCGAUGAUGUCUUACCAAUCGAAUAUCCUGCAUCCUGUAACCAUAGAUCUCACCCGGAGCUCACGCUCACGCUCAAUCUCACCUUUACCCUCCGCACCCGCAGAUAUACUGAAAAUCGCGAAUGCACCGGAAGACGUUGUGCGUGCAGUUCUCAUUGCCCUAUGCCAGGAUCCCAUGCAGAAGAGGAAAGCUAUGUCGCAUAUGGAGAAGUUGAGUCAGCUCAAGUCGGAGCAGCCCCAGAGCCAGAGUCUCAAGGGUGAUGCUAGCACAAGGGAUAUCAAUGGCGCGACCAACCAGACCGACGCAAAAAAGACGAAUAAACGAAGGGCCAUUGCGGAAAUGGCUAUUUGCGAGAAUUGCAAUGAGCCUUUCAGUCAAGAUACCAAUUCUCCCGAGGCCUGCCAUUACCACCCAGGCGAAAUGGAAUGUGAUAACGAGUCUGAUUUUUGGGCAGAUCACGAUGAUGAUUGCCAUGGUGACAGAUUCUCAAAGGAAUUGAUGGAGGAAUACCCUGAAGGGUAUAUCUGGAGCUGCUGUGAACAACCGGGUGACAGUGACGGGUGUACUUUGGGAUCACACGAGGGAUUGUAUAAGAAACCAUAUAAUCAGACGUCGCUAAUCUGGUAAUAUCUGUUUCGUGGAUCAAGAGAAAGAAAACUUGUACUUUAUUGUAGAAUAUAUAGACACUUAAUGUUGCGCAGCGGUCUUCAAAUGCCUUUACAUUCUAGAUCGCGACUUAUAC